AUGGUGGUGAACGUGUGGCCGUUUUUAGAAGCAAAUAGUCGGGCAUGGGAGGUGCUGACACGUGGCGGAUCCGCACUGGACGCGGUGGUGGAAGGAUGUAACGUGUGCGAGGUGCUUCAUGGGGUAAGGAGGAAGUCCGGACGAGAAGGGGGAGAUGACACGUGUGCUUUGAGUCGACUCAACACCGGUUCCCCUCCCUCUUUCCCCCCCAUCCUUCUCCUUUCUUCCCCGUCCAGUGGGGUAUGGAGGAAGUCCGGACGAGAAGGGGGAAACAACGCUCGAUGCCAUGGUUAUGGAUGGGACCCUCCCCUUCACCCCAUCUCCUCCCUUUUCCACCGCUCAAUCCCUCCAAUUACCAACUUUUCCACUCUGUGCCUCCACCACCACUUCCCCUUCUCUCCCCCCAUUUUCUCCCCCUCCCAUUCCCUUGCCCCUCCCCAACCUCUCCCCUUUCUCCCCCUUCUCCCCAUUGCCAAUGCCUCCAUGAACGACUCCAUGGACGUGGGGGCAGUGGCCGGCCUGCGCCGAGUCAAGGCGGCAGUGCGGGCGGCGUAUCUUGUCCUUUUGCACACGUAUCACUCGCUGCUGGUCGGCGACGCAGCAAUGGACUUCGUCCUGGAAAUGGGCCUGGCCGGCCCGGAAGAUCUCUCCACCAAUCGCUCUCUCGCCAUGUGGCGCCAAUGGAAGGCCGCCAGCUGUCAGCCCAACUAUUGGCGCAACGUGACGCCUGAUGCCGCCCGCUCCUGCGGCCCCUACCGCCCUGCUUCAGAAGCAUCUGCUUCCGAACCACGUGGUGGUGCCACGGCCGAGCCUCAGGGGGCUGAAGCGGGUGCUGUACCUGGUGCCGGACCUGGUUCCGGGCCUGGUGGUAUGCGCGUGGGAUGUGAUCCCAGCCUUGUUGGCAGGCAGCAAGGCUCAUUGAGGAGGCAAAACCGGCUGGCAUCACACGACACCAUCUCCAUGGUUGCCAUUGCGCAGAACGGCACUAUGGCUGCAGCCACAUCCACCAAUGGACUCACCUUCCACAUCCCUGGGAGGGUGGGUGAUGCACCCAUAGCAGGGGCAGGAGCAUAUGUGGACUCCAAAGUGGGCGGCUGUGGUGCAACAGGAGAUGGUGACGUCAUGAUGAGGUUCCUGCCAUGCUUCUUAGCAGUCGAGCUCAUGCGAAUGGGCUCUACCCCAGCUUCGGCUGCCGAAGCUGCCAUCAGUCGCAUCCGAGCCAAAUUCCCAACCUUUGUGGGAGGCUUGGUGGCGGUCAACAGAUGCAAUGCUGAAAACGCUUCCGUGCCAGCAGACUCUCCCGAGACGGAGGUCGCAAACCUUAGUAUUCAAUCGACGGCCGAUGACAAGGCGAACGUUGGAGCGAAGUAUGAGGCGCGUGAAGUGGGGGAGGAGGAGAUAGGAGCUGAUAGAGAAGGCGAGAUUGUGAAAGAGGAGGAGGAGGAAGGGCUUGGGAACGGAAGGAUUGAGGGAAGGGAGGAGAUGGAACGAGGGGUAGCAUCGGAUGCAACAACGGUGGCGGCGGUGGCCGAGGAGGAGGAUGGAAUGGAUACGGGAGUGAACGAAGAGGAAGAAGAAGCAGAAGCAAACGAGGAGGGUUCACCAAGCACCGCAUCUCGUCCCACACGUGCUACCUCUCGCUCCUCCCUCCUCACCCUCUACCGCUUCUUCUCCUCCCACCUUGGCAUCUCCUCCCCUUCCACUGUCGCUUCCCUCCUCGCCUCUUACCCCCAACUCCUCCGCUCCAAUCCCACCAACGACUUCCUGCCACGUGUCCGUCUCCUCCAAUCGUUUGGCAUAUCUCAUGCCGACAUCUCCUUCACUCCCCCAGACACCCCUUCCAUUGCGGCCUCUGUGAUUCGGCGUGCCCCCACUCUCCUUAGUCUUACCACAGACACUCUUUUAGCUAAGCUCCAGUUCUUUGUGGAGCUGGUGGGGGAGGAGGUAACAGGAAAAGUGGCAAGGAGUUACUCGAAGGUUCUGGUUCUAUCAAAGGAGAACGUGCAAGGUGCUGGAGGGGAGGGGGGAGGGGUAUUAGUAGAACUAGCAGCAGCAGCAGGAGCAGGAGCAGCAGGAGGAGGCAGAGGGGAUAGCUUGAGUGCUGCAGCGUUGUUGCUGGGUCCGUUGUUGCUGCCUGAUGGAACUGGUGGGGGUGUGGCUGCUACAUCUGCCUCUGCUACAUCUGCCUCUGCUACAUCUGCCUCUGCUACAUUUGCCUCUGCUACAGCUUCCUCUACCUUACCUCUUCUCGACCUGCUACAGCUGUUCCUGUGGGCGGCGAUGUCAUCGGCUGUAGCAGAGGAGCUGCUGUUCAGAGGCUGCUGCUCACAGUACUGCAAUUGA